UAGAAAGAGUUCGGCCCUCGGACCGUGAGCAAUGAAUGAACGCGCGCAGCAAAUAUAAAUCUACACAGUGUUUAGAAUUUUCGAUAAGUGAAACUAAAAAAAAGCACAUCAAGAAAAAUUCAUUAUCUAUCUGUCUACACGCAUAUACAUAUACAUACAUAUGUAUGUAUGUACAUAAAAGUGAUGAAAUCGAGCUAUCGGACUUGUACACAUUCAAGGCGCGCCCACCAAAGAUAUUGUGGAUCAGUUUAAGGCUAUUUAUGAUAUAAGAACAGCAUCUGAUAGACAAGAGAAGAACAAAUCAAAGCUAUCAGUAUGCUCGUUGGAACGUUUUCAUAAAACCCUAUCGAAUGUUCGCAUAUGGUAUGAGUGGAAAAUUUUGAAUGCCAAUGUUUCUAUGCAUCAUAUAAGGCAAAACACUAUUAAAAACUAAAUAAAUUAUACUAACGACAAGCGCGUGUCUGCAAUGCCUGCUGUUGGGUGCUAAUCAAGUCGAAAAAAAGUCACCAAAUCUGAGAAAAAAAAACCGAAAAAAUAAAAUUAUAGAAAAAAUAAGUUUAAAAAACACUUUAGAAAGCAUCAUAAGUGAAAAAUAUUUCUAGAACAAUUAAAGUAAAACGCAAGAGAGCAAAAUGCAAUCACUAAAAGCCGAUGAGCUGGAGGAGAAUCCCGUAGAGCGCGCCAACUGCUUGUCGGAGCUGAUGUUCUGCUUUGCUAUGCCCGUUUUGUUUAAGGGUCGACAAAAGACACUGGAACAAACGGAUCUCUAUAGACCACUCAAAAAGCACAAGUCAGAUACACUUGGCGACCGCCUUUCUUCGGCCUGGGAUGAGGAAGUUGCACGCAGAUCGGCGCAAAAUCUUCCACCUCGCUUGCGCCGCGUGGUAAUCCGCGUCUUUGGUUGGCAUCUAUUCGUGACUGGCUUAUUGCUGGCCGCUCAGGAAUUUCUCACCAAAGUAACGCAACCCAUUUGCCUCUUUGGCAUGAUGGCCUACUUCGCGGGCGACGAUACAGAUUUAACCAAGGCGCAGCUCUACGCAGCGGGUCUCAUGGCGGGCUCUGUGUUUACUGUCGUAUUUGGGCAUCCGUAUAUGCUCAGUCUACUGCAUCUGGGCAUGAAAAUGCGCGUUGCCCUCUGCAGCUUGAUCUAUCGCAAGGCUCUACGGCUAAACCGUACCGCAUUGGGUGACACCACCAUCGGGCAGGUGGUGAAUCUGCUGUCGAAUGAUGUUGGUCGCUUCGAUAGUGUACUGAUUAAUUUACAUUACCUCUGGCUGGCGCCACUGGAGCUUAUCGUUGUCACUUACUUCAUGUAUGAGCAGAUAGGAAUUUCAGCGCUGUUUGGCGUCGCUGUUAUGUUGCUCUUCCUGCCCCUGCAAGCCUAUCUGGGCAAGAAGACCUCGGUGCUACGGCUGCGUACGGCCCUGCGCACAGACGAACGUGUCCGAAUGAUGAACGAGAUCAUAUCGGGCAUUCAGGUGAUCAAGAUGUAUGCCUGGGAAAAGCCAUUUGGCAAACUUAUUGAGAUCACGCGCCGCCGGGAAAUGAUAUGCAUCAAACAGGUCAACUAUAUACGUGGUAUUCUCAUAUCGUUUGCCAUGUUUCUUUCCCGCGUGUUCACGUUCUCCAGUCUUGUGGGCUAUGUGCUGCUGGGAAACAUCUUGACAGCCGAAAAAGCCUUCUAUGUCACCGCCUACUACAACAUACUCCGGCGCACGGUGACUAUGUUUUUUCCCCAAGGCAUCGGACAGUUUGCGGAACUUUUGGUGUCCAUAAGACGUCUGCAGACUUUUAUGCAUCGGGAGGAGACGCAGAUCCAAGACAAAUCGAUUGAUGUCGCAAUCUCUGCCCCUGUUAUUGAUAAGGAGAAUGGCACUCUUAUCAAAAACGCCAAUGGAGAUGUGCCAAAGGUCAAUGGGAAUCUAGAAACUCUCGUUGAAUUCAGUCAAUUCAAUGCCAAGUGGGAUAGUAAGGCGGCGGAGAACACCCUAGAGAAUAUAAAUCUGAAACUUGGUCGCCGACAGCUCGUGGCUGUGAUCGGACCCGUCGGAGCAGGAAAAUCCAGUUUAAUUCAAUCCAUACUCGGUGAGCUGCCCGGUGAAAAAGGUAGCCUUAAAGUCAAUGGAAAAUUCUCCUAUGCCGCUCAAGAACCUUGGCUCUUUACUGGAACUGUUCGUGAAAACAUAUUGUUUGGGUUAACCUUGGACAAACAUCGCUAUCGCACAGUGGUUAAGAAGUGUGCUUUAGAACGCGACUUUGAACUACUUCCGCAGGGUGAUAAGACGAUUGUUGGCGAGCGAGGAGCUUCUCUUUCGGGCGGACAGAAGGCGCGCAUUAGCCUGGCAAGAGCUGUGUAUCGUAGGGCGGACAUUUACCUGCUGGAUGAUCCACUCAGUGCUGUGGAUACGCACGUGGGUCGUCAUCUGUUUGACCAGUGCAUGAGAGGGUAUCUAAAAAGCGAGCUGGUCAUAUUGGUAACACAUCAGCUACAGUUUCUGGAGCAUGCCGACCUCCUUGUUAUCAUGGACAAAGGAAAAAUCAGUGCAAUGGGAACCUAUACCACAAUGCGGCGCAGUGGACUGGACUUUGCACAGCUCUUAACGGAUCCCAACAAGACCGAUGAAGCAGCCAAUGAUCACGAGAGCGAGGCUGGUGAUAUUUGGGACCGUCUCAGCUUGGCCUCACGCAGCAGGCGUGGCAGUAGAACAAACAAAUCAAACCAACCUUCGCGCAAUGAAAGUUUCAGCUCCUUGAGCUCCCUUACCGAUUCUAUUGCCCAGGACGCAGCCAUGGCACCGCAAGAGACGCGUGUCGAGGGCAAGAUCAGUCUGGGUCUAUACAAGGAAUACUUCACAGCUGGCACCGGCUGGCUAAUGAUAUCUUUUAUGGUGUUCCUUUGCUUGGGAACACAAAUUGUCGGUUCCUCAGCGGAUGUUUUUCUCUCCUAUUGGGUUGACAAGAACAAAAACGCCGCGGAAAGAGACUCGGAUCCCAUCGAUAUUUACUACUUUACCGCCCUUAACAUAGCCGUCAUCGUAUUCACCCUCGUCCGGACCAUGCUUUUCUAUAGGCUGGCCAUGCGCAGCUCGACAAAGCUCCAUAACGCCAUGUUUCGGGGCAUUACCAGAGCGGCAAUGUACUUUUUUAACACAAACCCUUCAGGUCGAAUUUUAAAUCGGUUCUCAAAGGAUCUGGGGCAGAUAGAUGAACUUCUGCCUUCCGUCAUGCUGGACGUGGUUCAAGUCUUUUUGACACUGAUAGGCAUAAUUGUUGUUAUCUGUAUAACCAAUCCUUAUUAUCUCAUCCUAACUCUUGCUCUGGGGAUCGUCUUCUAUUAUAUUCGUGAAUUUUACUUAAAGACCUCGAGAGAUGUUAAGCGAUUGGAGGCAGUUGCUAGAUCUCCGAUCUAUUCCCACCUCAGUGCUUCACUCAAUGGGCUUCCUACGAUUAGAGCCAUGGGAGCUCAGAAGGCGCUUAUUGCCGAGUUCGAUAACCUGCAGGAUCUGCACAGCUCCGGCUACUACACUUUUCUGUCAACAAAUCGUGCAUUUGGCUACUACCUGGAUUGCUUCUGCACAUUGUACAUUGUGAUAAUUAUACUUAACUACUUCAUCAACCCUCCCGAAAACUCUGGUGAGGUGGGAUUAGCCAUUACACAAGCCAUGGGCAUGACUGGAAUGGUUCAGUGGGGCAUGCGACAGUCUGCGGAGCUGGAGAACACCAUGACAGCAGUGGAACGUGUCGUUGAGUAUGAUGAGAUCGAGCCUGAAGGCGAAUAUGAGUCCCAACCGAGCAAAAAGCCGCCAAUCACAUGGCCAGAGCAGGGCAAAAUUGUGGCUGAUGAUCUCAGUCUUCGGUAUUUCCCCGAUCCACAAUCCAAGUAUGUGCUCAAGUCUCUCAACUUCGAGAUUAAGCCCAUGGAAAAAGUGGGUAUUGUGGGUCGCACCGGUGCAGGCAAGUCCUCGCUCAUCAACGCUCUCUUCCGCCUCUCCUACAACGAUGGUUCCAUCAUCAUCGACAGUCGUGACACCAGCGAACUGGGACUUCACGACCUGCGCAGCAAAAUUUCCAUCAUACCUCAGGAGCCGGUGCUCUUCUCGGGUAGCAUGCGCUACAAUCUGGAUCCUUUCGAGGAGUACAGUGAUGCCAAGCUAUGGGAUGCACUGGUGGAAGUCAAGCUGAAGCCUGUCAUCAGCGAGCUUCCAAGUGGACUACAAAGCAAGAUUUCAGAGGGCGGCACCAACUUUAGUGUGGGUCAGCGUCAGUUGGUGUGUCUGGCUCGCGCUAUUCUUCGCGAGAAUCGUAUCCUGGUUAUGGACGAGGCCACAGCCAAUGUGGAUCCACAGACAGAUGCGCUUAUUCAGGCGACAAUACGGAAUAAGUUCAGGGAGUGCACAGUGCUGACGAUAGCCCAUCGGCUAAACACGAUUAUGGACUCGGACAAGGUCUUAGUUAUGGAAGCUGGCCAGUUGGUGGAAAUUGGCUCACCCUACGAGUUGCUGACAGAAUGUGAGACGAAAAUCUUUCACAGUAUGGUCAUGGAGACCGGUCAGAGCAGCUUCGAUAGUCUGCUAAAGGUAGCUGAAAAGGCAUAUAUGGAAUCAGAGAAAUCCAAAACUGUCUAAAAUCCAAUGAAUAUUCCGCAGUCAUUUAAAUAUCCUCAUUUGACUAGCUUUAAGCAUAAGUCUCAUAGAAAUUAUACUGCUAUAAGUGAUUGUUUUUGUAUGUGCUACUUAAAGUAUUAUUUCUACGAACUUUAGAAUGUAAUGCUACGGUAAAACUAAGAUUAAAUAAAUGUUGCAAGCUACAAGUUUCACAAUACAUGGAAAUGCCAUCUGAGCAUAACAAUGCAGUAUAAUUGUCAAAAGAGAAGUAACAAAGCAGUUCAUAUUUAAAUAACGCACAAAGCAGUUCAUUAAA